AUGGCUUUUAUCUACUGUCUUUCUGGACAAAAUAUAGAAAAGAACAUCCACUACGGUAAGAGAAUAUUAGAUGCCUUAAUUGACAUCGUUCAGGGAGUCAGUUUUAUAGAGUGUACAGAGGAAUGUUUCAGUAGGAGAAGAUGUUUGUCUGUGAAUUACUGGAGAAGUAUACUGUUAUGUGAGAUGAACAGUGUGGACCAAUCGUCACAUUUACUCUCAGAUGAACCCAAAACAGUAUUUGCUGACAUAUCAUUAUUGGAACAGCACUUCGUUGGAGGUUGCAGAAAUCACAAAUGUGCAAUCAAUAUGAAAUGUGUUCCUGGUCCUUUUGGCACACAUAGGUGUGAAAUUCAGGUGAUACAAAGAAGGUGUUUUGAUAACACAAACUUUUAUAGAACUUGGCCCGACUACAAAGAUGGUUUCGGUAACUUCAAAGAAAAAACAGAUUUUUGGAUUGGAAAUGACGUAAUACACAUGUUGACGAAAAAUGGUUACACUUAUAUGAGAGUAGAGAUGCUGAAGACAGACAACGAACCAUUAGAGGCAGAAUACAGUCAUUUCUUUGUUGGUGAUGAAAGCACCAAAUACAAUCUAACAAUACGUGGAUUCAAGGGGUUAUAUGUUGAUGUUUUAGAUUGUAUGACAAACAAGGAUUAUAAACAAACAGAUGCAAAUGGAAUGAAAUUCAGCACAUUUGACAACGAUAAAAGAAAUGGAUGUGCUGAUUAUUGUCGAUCGGGCUGGUGGUUCCAUUCUUGUACCUGUGGAAAUGUAAAUGGUUUGUUUGGAAAUAAGAAGACAGCUUCUGUGAUGCGUUGGAUGUGUAAAGAUGGGUGGAAUUGUCCCCUCAAAGCCACGAGAAUCCUGCUCAGAGUAUAG